AUGACUGAACUGUACAAGAGAGCUGUAAGGAUUUUGCUGUUAAAACACAAUUCAAAAAACAAGAAUAAGCCAAUAGACAAAAAUUAUUUGACUGCCGAACUUCCAAAGCAGCUUCAAGAGGACUUGAGCAAAUUGAAGGGAAUUGCAAUGAAUGGAAUGGAAAAUGAUCAGUUAAUUUUUGAUAGAUCCAGUGAUAAAUCCAUGGCUGGAUUAUCAGAUUCUGGUGUUUUCAAUAAGUUGGAGAACAGUACUGGUCGUCAGGAUAUUUUUUCUUUCCUUCAUCUUACAAUUCAAGAGUUUCUGGCUGCACUACAUGUGGUUGAUGAUCUUGAAAAUGUUAAAGGAUUUCUAGAAGAGCACAUUGAUAAACCCAGGUGGCAUUUGGUGAUCCAAUUUGUAGCUGGGUUACUUGGAGAUAGGAUGAGAGAGUUAAGUUCAACAGAAAAUGAAUACAGUGAAGAAAUUAAUAAUCCCAAGUGGUAUCAUCGGCCGAUUUACUGGUUACUUAGAGGAUCAAGCCACAUCAAGAACUUGAAAAAGCUUGAAAUCGAGCGUUGUACUAUGACGAACAUUGCUAUCCGUGAACUGGCUGAGUUUUUGAAGAAAGAUAACCAUGGCCUGGCGAGGGGCAACAGUGAACUUAUUGAACUAAAUGUAAGUUACAAUGAUGGUUUAUUAACAGCUGAAGCUGCUGAAUAUUUAAGCGAUGCUCUGAAAAGUGACAACUGUAAACUUACUAAACUAGAUGUAAGUAGCAAUGAUUUAACAGCUGACAGUGUUAAAUAUUUAAGUGAAGCUUUGAAGACUGACAGCUGUAAACUUACCAAAUUAGUUAUAAGUGGCAGUGCUUUAACACUUGAAGGUGCUAAAUAUUUGAGUGAGGCUCUGAAGAGUGACAACUGUAAACUUACUGAACUAGAUGUAAGUAGCAAUGAUUUAGCGGCUGACAGUGCUAAAUGUUUAAGUGAUGCCCUGGAGAGUCGCAACUGUAAACUUACUAAACUAGAUGUAAGUGACAAUGUUUUUACAGCUGAAGGUGCUAAAUAUUUAAGCGAUGCUCUGAAAAGUGAUAGCAGUAAACUGACUAAACUAGAUGUAAGUGGUAAUUAUUUUACAGCUGAAGGUGCUAAAUAUUUAAGCGAUGCUCUGAAGAGUCGCAACUGUGAACUUACUGAACUAGAUGUACAUGACAAUAUGUUUACAGAUAAAGGUGCUGAGUAUUUAGGUAAUGCUCUGAAGAGUCAUAACUGUAAACUUACUAAGCUAGAUGUCCAUGAUAAUGUUUUCACAUAUAAAGGUGCUAAAUAUUUAAGUGAGGCUCUUGAGGAUGACAACUGUAAACUUACUGAGCUAGAUGUAAGUAGCAAUGGUUUAACAGCUGAAGGUGCUAAAUAUUUAAGCGAUGCUCUGAAAAGUGACAACUGUAAACUUACUGAGCUAUAUGUAAGUAGCAAUGGUUUAACAGCUGAAGCUGAAGGUGCUAAAUGUUUAAGAGAUGCAGCUCUGGAGAGUGAUGGCUGUAAACUGUUUUGCUAA